GAUGGCUAUAGGAAAAGUCCAAAUGAAACAGUAUUGUAUUUCGAGACGGCACAUUAGUACUGUCUACAAACGCUUCCUCGCACGUAUAAGGUGCGUUUUUAUCAAAAGGUUGGGCAGCAAUAUAACACGCACUUCGGAAAUUUACACAAUUCUUAGAUAUUCCAAGCCAAUUCCAAAAGUGCCUGUAUUAAUCCGAUGACCAAAAUUUGGCUCCAAAGUCUUUUCAUAGUAUAUGGCCCCCUUAUGUAUUUAAGUCCAGUUCUUUAGUCUGAGUAUCCAACAACCGACUUUAGCGCAUACUAAAUGGCUCUUAAAGAAAACGUUCUUUAUCCCUCGGACAAGCUCAUUGUUAUUGUACCUGAAUUUCUUCUCUCCUUUAUAUCUCCCAUGCGAUUGUCCGAGAUGGCUUAUAAGCAAGACUAUAUUUUAGAUUGAGAUCCCCUAUUACUCGAUUUGCACGUUUUCUAGGUAUUGCUACCUCCGUCACCCAUCCAACUCGUCGGGAAGCUUCGCUUUAGUGUUAUUCCUCGGUCCACAUGUCCGUGCCAUCAAACUCACCCUUAUAACGAUGCCCAGGCGUGAAGUCUCUGUAGCUAGAAGCUGCGACGAUGUUGAUAGUAUACAUGAUGAAAGGGAAAACUUGUUAUACCAUGAACCACGUGCUAUAACUCUUCCUCCCGGAGUAACAGAGGACAUCUAUAGUAACGUUCGCAACAGUCCGCCUCCGGGGCUCGUGCGAGCCAAAACACCCCAAGCCAUAAGUUACUCUACCUACAAGAGAGCACUAGCUAGCCACGUUCGCAUACUGACCAACAAUGACGUAUCUGUAUUCGGUGACUUUGCCAAGUACAUCGAGCCGGGUUUGGAUUCCGCGGGGCGGCAGGUAGAGCUGGAUCUAACAUGCCACAUAUCCCACACCUCGCUAGACAUGUACACGAGGAAUUCCCGACCGCGGGGCCCCAACGAGGCUGCCCGCACGGAGCCCAUGGCCGUCCUACCGUGCGGCCACUAUUUCGGGUUCAAGGGCAUCGACGACUGGAUCCGGACUCGCGUCAAAGACGAGAUGCCGCCGGACUGCCCCGUCUGCCGCUUCUUCCUCGUGUACCCGCAAUGCGGGCACGAGAUAAAGAUACGGCCGUACGACGCGCGCUUCCAGCGCGACGGGCAGCUCCCGCUGACGAUCCCCGAGGGCGGCACCGUUCCGGGCUAUUGCCUGAGGUGUCGCGUGGACUGGAUUAGGGUGAUGAGCCAACAGCUGGCGUACGAUAUCUACCCUGAUGAUAUACCCGCUCGAGCGUUUAUAAAUCCGCAUUGCUGUGCGCAGGUCGAGUUCGAAAGUAAGAGAAUUAAGUUCCAAGAUAAGAUACUAGAUACGGCUCUCAUGGCCGAAGCAGAUUAUUCCCACUGGUGAUUCGUACCAGAUAACUAACCCCUUAAAGUACCUAACAUAGAUGUACUUAACCUAAUCUGCCUUUUGUUGCAUGUAAUAUGGCGUACUUGGACUCAUAAGGAUUACUCGAGAGAAAGAGAUUGGAAAUAUACCCGCGUGUACCGGCUGAUAUCCUGGAGUAUUUGUUUCAGAGGAACUGCAGGAAAUAGAGUUCAACAUCAGUGUACAUAAAAUUAAAAGUUAGAUAAAAUAAAC